ACUAAUAAUAAUGGUACAUUUUAAGAAAAUAAUUUAAUGAGUUGAAGUAUGCCGCCAUUUUGGCGGUUGGGUGGACUCCUAAUGAGACCAUACAGACCGAACAUUGCACUCAAAAACGUCGCUUCCCUUGGCCCCUCCCAACCUCCGAACUCGCUGCGACAUGUCGAAACUUUGGUCGACGCCCGAAGCAUCAAAACGGGUUUUGAUCGAAACACAUGUCGCUCCAAUUUUAUGGUCGAAAGUUUCCUCAAACAGGGCAACCUGUGGGAGGCACGUCAACUGUUUGACCAGAUGCCAAACAGGAACACUGUCUCGACCAACAUGAUGAUUUCGGGGUAUGUGAAAUCAGGUGAUCUUUUGAGGGCUAGACAAAUGUUUGAUGCCAUGCUUGAUCGGACUGCGGUUACGUGGACCGUUUUGAUUGGCGGCUACUCGCAGAAGAAUCAGUUCCGCGAAGCGUUUAAGCUUUUUGCAGAGAUGCGAAGGCGCGAUACGGAGCCUGAUUAUGUGACUUUCGCUACUCUUUUAUCAGGUUGCAAUGAUGCUGGUGUGGACAGGGAAUUGAUCCAAGUUCAUGCUUGUGUUGUUAAGUUGGGGUACGAGUCGAGUCUCAUCAUCUGCAAUUCGAUGGUUGAUUCUUAUUGCAAAACGAAUCACCUUGAUUUGGCUUGUCGGGUUUUUAAUGAGAUGCCUGAAAGAGAUUCUGUUUCUAUUAAUGCAUUGAUCACAGGGUUCUCAAAAGAUGGUCUAUAUGAAGAUGCAAUAGCCCUUUUUCUGGAGAUGCAAAAUUUCGGUUACAAGCCUUCUGAUUUCACUUUUGCAGGAGUUUUAAGUGCAGGUAUUGGAUUAAAUGCUUUAGCCUUUGGGCAACAAAUUCAUGGUUUAUUGGUGAAGACUGGGUUUGUUUGGAAUGUGUUUGUGGCGAAUGCAUUGCUUGAUUUUUACUCGAAGCAUGACUGUCUAGUUGAAGCUAGGAGAUUUUUUGAUGAGAUGCCAAACUUGGAUGGCAUUUCUUACAAUGUGAUCAUCACAUGCUAUGCGUGGUUUGGGGAACAUGAAAAAGCUGUUAGACUUUUUCGUGAAUUACAGUUUACGCAAUUUAAUCAGAGGCAAUUCCCAUUUGCAACCAUGUUGAGUAUAGCAGCAAAUACACUCGACCUGCAAAUGGGGCAGCAAAUUCAUUCCCUAGCUAUUGUGACUACAGCUGAUUCAGAACUUCUGGUUGGAAAUUCUUUAGUUGACAUGUAUGCCAAAUGCGGCAGAUUUGAGGAAGCUGAAACAAUAUUCAGGAGUCUGGCCCAUAGAAGCACUGUUCCAUGGACAGCCCUGAUCUCAGGUUAUGUUCAGAAAGGAUUCCAUGAGGAAGGCCUGAAUCUGUUCAAUGAGAUGCACAAAGCUGGUGUAAGAGCAGACCAGGCCACAUUUGCUAGCAUCUUAAAGGCAUCUGCAAAUUUGGCUUCACUAUCACUGGGGAAACAGCUUCACUCAUUUGUAAUCAGAUCAGGUUUCAUGUCCAAUGUUUUUUCAGGAAGCGGACUUCUGGAUAUGUAUGCAAAAUGUGGUUCCAUAAAAGACGCCAUUCAACUAUUUCAGGACAUGCCUGAAAGGAAUAUAGUCUCUUGGAACGCCUUGAUCUCAGCCUAUGCUCAAAAUGGUGACGGUGAAGCCACCCUUGACUCAUUUGAAAAGAUGGUUCAGUCAGGUUUCCAGCCAGAUUCUGUUAGCUUCCUCAGUGUUUUGUCCGCGUGCAGUCAUUGUGGGCUUGUUCAAGAAGGAUUAAGAUAUUUCAGAUCCAUGACUCAAAGCCAUAAACUUGUUCCAAAGAAAGAACAUUAUGCAUCCAUGGUCGAUAUGUUUUGCCGGAGUGGACGAUUUAAUGAAGCAGAGAAGUUGAUGGCUGAAAUGCCAUUUGAUCCUGAUGAGAUUAUGUGGUCAUCGGUUCUAAAUUCUUGUAGGAUUCAUAAGAACGAAGAACUGGCUAGGAAAGCUGCAGACCAGCUUUUCAGAAUGGAGGUGCUUAGAGAUGCUGCUGCAUAUGUCAGCAUGUCUAAUAUCUAUGCAGCAUCCGGCCAGUGGGACAAUGUUGGGAAGGUAAAGAAGGCAAUGAGGGACCGUGGAAUUAGAAAGGUUCCAGCUUAUAGCUGGGUUGAAAUAAGACACAAGGUCCAUGUGUUCUCAGCAAAUGAUAUGUUACAUCCCCAAAGGGAGGAAAUUCGGAAAAAGAUUGAUAUGUUGUCAGAACAGAUGGAAAAGGAAGGUUACAAGCCUGAUACAGGCUGUGCCCUUCACGAUGUUGAUGAGAAAAUCAAAAUUGAGUCUCUUAAGUACCACAGUGAGCGGCUAGCAAUUGCAUUUGCGCUGAUUAGUACACCUGAAGGAUCGCCAAUACUGGUGAUGAAGAACUUAAGGGCAUGCACAGACUGCCAUGCUGCAAUCAAGGUAAUAUCAAAAAUAGUUGGUAGGGAAAUCACAGUGAGGGAUUCAAGCAGGUUCCAUCAUUUUAAGGAUGGCAUCUGCUCUUGUGGGGAUUAUUGGUGAGUUUUUAGAGGUUAUUGCCUUGUUGAUUGGCCUGACAUAACGUUGUAGCACCGAUCUCACCUCUGUACAAGAUAGAUCACUCUGGCGGGCUCAUAGUGUGUACACAAGGG